GAACUUUUCAACCAGGUCCGCUCCUAACAUAUAAAUAACAGCACUGCAACACUGAAGCGUCAUUGUUCAUUACCUACAUUGCAUUUGGAAAGACUUGUUUGGAGUCGACUGAUCACCGUGAUGCCUGAAGUAGCACCUAAGCCUGCCCCGAAGAAAGGCGCCAAGAAAGCCGUCCUGAAACCGGCAAACAAGAGUGGGAAGAAACGCAGGAGGACCAGGAAGGAGAGUUACGCUAUCUAUAUAUACAAGGUCCUGAAGCAGGUUCAUCCUGACACCGGCAUAUCCUCCAAGGGGAUGGGCAUCAUGAACUCUUUCGUGAGCGACAUCUUUGAGCGCAUUGCCGGAGAAGCUUCUCGCCUGGCUCACUUCAGUAAGCGCCGUACCAUCUCUUCCAGAGAGAUUCAGACCGCUGUCCGCCUGUUGCUUCCCGGCGAGUUGGCCAAGCACGCUGUGUCUGAGGGAACCAAGGCUGUCACCAAGUAUACCAGCGCCAAGUAGACGGUCAUCGUCUAUUUAAAACCAACGGCUCUUUUAAGAGCCACCCAUUUGUUGUUUAAAAGCUGUUUCCAUAGAUGUUAUUCCGUUUUAGAAGACCAUAUCUGAAAAUCUAAAACAUUAAAGCCUGUGUUGCAGGUUAACCACCACUGUUGAUUAAUGGGUACAUAAAGCACUCAAUAUGGACCCUUUCAAAGAGUUCCAUUAUCAGCAUCAUAGUUGGCCCCACAAG